UUGUCUUUGGAUGGAAUUGCAAUCAGCAACGAUCUACAGUCAAUUUUGCGUGCCACAGAAUUCAAGAGAAAUGCCGCAAUGUACCAAACGGAGCUCACCGAAAUCACUCGUGCAUUGGACGCUGCCCGGCAAAGACUGAUGGUCGCAGAGCAAAGGACGAAUCAACUGUCUGCUGAGAACAGGGAAUUGAAAGCUGAAAGAGAUCACUUGGUGAAUCAGAUCGAGAGACGAAUACGAAUUCGACCAAUCCAUCGGACGGCCAGAACAUUAAUUAUAAUUCCAUAA